UUUACCUGACCUGACAAAGUUUUCAAACUAUACAUGAUAGUUGUUUGAUUUCGGUUUUACUUUUGUUAUUUCUACAUCAUUAAUAGAACAAAACAGAUAAAUAGAAUGAAAUUAGGAAUAGUAAAGAGUACGCGCAUAUUGAAUGUAUAAGCUUAAUUGUACGUAUGCAGUAUUAUUCAGUAUCCAGAGAUCUGAAAGGAUAUAAAAUUUAAAGAAUGUACUUUAUUAUCUAAAAUGGAUCCAACUACAUACAGGGUUGCAUUGGAAAAUGGCUUAAAUUUAAAGGAGGUUCUUACAAAAGGUUCAAUUCUACACAUUAAUGAAGGAUAUGAAGAUUUAGAUGAACACUUAGAACCAGAAACAAGGGAUAGAAAAACUUAUGAAUACAUAGGGCAACCUGUAAAGUCAUUUCAGGAACUCCAACUGGAUCCUGUGGAUGAGAAAGGUUUUGUAAAAAAGAGAAUAAUUGAAGAAGGUGGAGGUUUACCCUUAAAUGAAGAAAAUACCGUUUCUAUAGCUUAUACAGGCUAUUGGGAAAAUGAAACCGAACCAUUUGACCUUGUUAAAAUAAGUAAACCAUUAGUUGUGGAUCUCAAAGAUAAUGGUUUAUUGCCUGGCUUACAAUUAGCAAUCCAUUCUAUGCUUGUUGGAGAAUUAUCAUUAUUUCUUCUUUCCUAUAAAGUUAUGUAUGGUGAAAUGGGAAUUCCACCGAGGAUCAAAGCUAAGGCAUAUUGUUUAUUUUACAUUAAGUUAAUUAAGAGCAUAAUUACUCCAAAACAAGGGCCUAUAAACUUCUCUGAGGCGAACAUGUUUAACAGAGUUCACCAUGAAGUUAAAUUAUUAUAUAGUUCUGGGGUUACAUUGCAUAAAACUAAAAAUUACAUGGCAGCCACACAGGUGUUCAGGAAAAGUGUAUCUAUGCUCCAUAAAUGUCGCUUAGCAGAUGAAGAUGAAGAAAAAAUUCAAGAAAAACUACUUAUAAAGUUGUACAGUAAUCUAGCAAUAUGUUAUAACAAAUUAAAGAAGCCUCUUCAAGCAUGUACAUCAUGUAACGAAUUAAACAGACUUAAUAGUCUUUGGAACAAUAGUAAGAUGCUGUUUCAAAAUGCAAAAGCACUACGAAUGAUUGGGCAAUUUAGUGAAGCAGAAAAAAAGCUACGGAGAGCCCUAAAACUGCAGCCGAGGAAUGAAGAAUUGCAGACGGAAUUGGACCUGUUGCUCCAAACUCGAGACUCUUGCAAACAGAUUACUUUGUUUGACAGGGAUACCUUGGAACCAGUAAAUGAUAACUUUAAACGAGCUGUAGAUGUCCUUAUAAUAAAUUUUAAGAACAAUGUAAACUUAUGCAAGCUUACACUACCAAGUGGCUUAAAUAAAGAUGAAAUGGAUUACGUCAAAGAAGCUUGCAUCAGGGAAAAUUUAUUUUUUAAUGUAAUACAAAAGAAUUAUUUCUUAGAUAAAGAUGUUAAUGAGAAAGAUGAUCCAUUGUGGACUUCUCCAGACUUUAACUAA